UAACUGGUGUAAAUGUAGACUUAAUUCACCGCUUUAAAAUUAUAUUAAAUACUAUAAAUAGUAGUAAAAAUAUAGAUGUUGGUAAAUUCCAUACGUAUUGCAUGGACACUGCAAAAUUAUAUGUAGAGCUUUAUGGCUGGUACUACAUGCCCAUCACUGUGCAUAAAGUUCUCAUUCACGGCAGCAAAAUGGUAUCUGAGGCUAUAUUGCCAAUAGGAAUGUUAUCCGAAGAAGCGCAAGAAGCAAUGAAUAAGGAGUAUAGAAACUGUAGGCUAUUCCAUUCUCGUAAAAAUUCACGUAUUUCUACGAAUGAAGAUGUAAUGCCCUAUUUGCAAAUAUCAUCAGAUCCUUAUAUUAAUUCAUUUAGAAUGAGAAACAAAUUAAAAAAAUUAGAAUACCAUGAUGAUGUUAAAAAAUUAUUGAUUGAAUGA